UUCUGAUUUCUCCAGACCUGAUGGUCUGAAUGUGCUCGCCUCCAACCAUUCGUUUCUCAUUUUCAUGACUAUAUGACGACUAUAUAUGAACUGACUUCAUGGAAAUAUUUGCUUUUAUACCUUAGUGCUUCUAAUUGUUUUGGUGUUGAAUGUCAACAAAGCCGAUUUCCGCGACGAAAACGGUUCAUUUUGGUGCUGACGCACAUUCAAAGGGCGACGUCUUCUCCCUUUCUGGACCACGACAGCUCUCGGUAUACGCAGCAGACCAUUAGCGCAAUGGCUAGCCAUCGUUGUCGAAAGUCGUCCCUCGAUCGCGCGUCAAUCGAGUCAAUUUUGAAGUCGGGAGAGCCGUCCGAACCCGCCGCUGCCCCGUGCUCUCAUGUAGGAAAUUCACCGAACAGAGCAUCAUUUGCGAUGGCUCCGCCUCCUCGGCCGGCCGUGAAACAUACUCGAGCAUUAUCGUACACACCGCGGACCUCGAACCGUCUCUCAUUGAGCUUUCCGGUCACCACCAGCACGAACAGCAGCGAUUCUUCGAGACAAACCCCGACCUCUUCGAGACCGACUCCCACCUCGUCGACGGUGCCUUCGCUUCCUCCCACACCUUCCGAGCUUCCAGAUACCUCCCCGAGGGAUUCGAAUGGAUUCUUGGUUGCUUUGGCCGGUCAGGAGAGGCGUGUGCUGGAGCUGAAGGAGGAACUCGAAAAGGCGGAGGCAGAUCUGACCAAGUUGAAGAGGCAAUGGGCACUUCACGAAGCACAAAAGAAGAAGGCGGAGAUUAAGCACGUUGAAAAGUUGCAACCACUGCAGGCAGUUGUGACACCUUCCACCAAGGAAGAAAUUCCGAGUACACCUCGUCAGAGUGCGGAGGAGAGGCGAAAAGCGGUCCUUACCAGUCUCGAGACUCCAAAGAAUAGCUUGGAUAUCCCUAAGGAGGUUCGAAGGAAGUUUUCCGGACAACACAUGCGUGCACUCUCCCUACUGUCUCCUGAACGCUCGAACUUCACUCAGUCCUUCCCUCCCGUGCAAGAAUCCGGAGUCGAGGCCAGUUCCAUGCCGAAGAGUGCGACGAUGCCAGAUAUAAUCAUACCCAAGAGAUUACCUCCUCGUUCGAGAAAUUCAUACCAUGGUGGCGUGACCACCGGAGCGAAGCAGAUUGCUGAAGACAUCAAAGCCGGAGUGUGGACCUUCCUGGAGGACUUGCGGCAGGCAACAGUGGGAGAUGAGGCCGUGAACGGAACCAUAGACAGAUCUAAGCUGGAUGCUCCUCAGAACCAGACUCCCAGACGAGGCAGUAGUGAAAAGAGUCGCCGUGGUCAUUCGCCUCGAGAAACAUCUCCUCGAACGUGGGAUUCCUUGACUGGCAACAGCCCGUUGCUAGAUGCCGCAGGUAACCUUUGGUCGGACUUGGAUCACUCACAAUCAGUGUCAAGAACGCCAUUACCCUCCAAAAAGAAAUCCAGGACUCUGUCACUCGCUGCACCGAUUAAUGAUUUGGAUGAUGAUUGGUCGAACUGGGACUCACCAACCCCAAAGUCGCCCUCGCCCCGAUGGAGUGGUAGCACAGCACUCUCUGAUCCGGUUGCUCCAUCAAAUGGAAGUGUUGAAGAUCGAAACACCAAAAUCAUGGAUCAAUCCGCAGACAGCCCCAGCACUCCGUUAAAACGCGAGGAUAUUCAAUGGCCAGCCUUGGACAAGCUGAGUCCCGGUAAUCUCAAAGGUAAUCUACAACGCACUAUGUCAACGAUCAUGAAAGAGUGGGAGAGGACUCUUACCCCACCACCUGGAGACCGCGAAGACCCAAUGUCGACAGCAUCGGAAGAGAAAUCUUCCCAUGAUACGGCCACCCAGGACGAGCUGGUGUUGAUGUCGAGAUGACGCGAUCGGUGUAUAUAGUACGCUUGGGACAUGGAGCUACAUCUGGUGCAUGAUGACUUGAUGGACGAAUCUAAUGAAGAAUGAUGCAUUUAUACUGUAGAUCUAAGACUCUGCAAUUUGAACAUUAAUGAUCCUGGGCAAACUGUUUCCUCUUGUAUUGCUUGCUUGAGAUGACUGUAUUUCCUCAAUUGUUUGUAUCUUUUCGUCAAAUGACAUUCAC